UUGAGGCACAAUUCUGCAGCUGGCAUCUGUCCAAGAAACUUCAGAAAGACUGCGUUUGGAUGUUUUUGUAAUGGACCGACGUGGAAGGUGGCGAAGGGCUACCACCUUCUCCACCACGACGACCGCACCAUGCACGGCGUCUCCCAUCCAAGGAUCUGCCUGCUCUUCUGCAUUCGUGAGCGGCGCUUCCUCUGUCUCUCUGUGGAGUAUAACAAGGGGAAACGGAUAUGUCACCUCUCCAAGGACAAUAGAAAAACACUUAGCAAGAAGACCUUUAAACCCAGCAAGUUUGGUGAUAUUUACUUCGAGAUGUCUUGUUCUCAUAAAUUAGCAAUGCGUUGUCCGAAAGGCUACACAUGGUUUGCAGGGUCUUGUCACAAGGCCAUUAGCAGAUGCCAUCGGUUCUAUAGACUGGUAAACGGUAAAUGCCAAUUUCGUGCUUGUCCAAAAGGCAAAGUUAGGAAAUGGACGGGACGUUUUUUUACCUGUUUAGGACAGAAAAAUAGCAAAGUGCACAGAAAAGGAAGACUUCUCCAAACCGGAAAACCAAAACACCGCAAGGUUGUAACACAUCUCUACAGUAGAAAACAUCACACGGAAAGAACGCGCCACAAGAAAGAGGCACAUCACAAGAACGCAACACAUAAAAAGAAUGGAACACAUGACAAGAAAGAAACACAUAACGAGAAAGAAACACAUGACAAGAAAGAGGCGCAUCACAAGAACGCAACACAUCAAAAGAAAGGAACACAUGACAAGAAAGAGGCGCAUCUCAAGAACGCAACACAUCAAAAGAAAGGAACACAUGACAAGAAAGAAACACAUGACAAGAAAGAGGCGCAUCACAAGAACGCAACACAUCAAAAGAAAGGAACACAUGACAAGAAAGAGGCGCAUCUCAAGAACGCAACACAUCAAAAGAAAGGAACACAUGACAAGAAAGGAACACAUGGCAAGAAAGAGGCGCAUCACAAGAACGCAACACAUCAAAAGAAAGGAACACAUGACAAGAAAGAGGCGCAUCUCAAGAACGCAACACAUCAAAAGAAAGGAACACAUGACAAGAAAGAAACACAUGACAAGAAAGAGACACAUCACAAGAACGCAACACAUCAAAAGAAAGGAACACAUGACAAGAAAGGAACACAUGGCAAGAAAGAGGCGCAUCACAAGAACGCAACACAUCAAGGGAAGGAAACACAUCAGAAUAAAGGAACACAGUGUGAUGUUGGAUUCAUUAAACAAAAAGGACGAUGUGUUUUCUGGCAUUGUCCAAAUGGCUUUCGUAGAAUACUCAAACGGUCCGGGAAGCUCCCGAGACCAGUGUGCAAAGCGUUUCGUCCGAAUCAUGGCUGUCCCGAUGGUUUCGUCCGGUCCAAGUUUGGAUUCUGUCUAAGGAAGCCAUGCAAAGUUGGAUACAUUUGGAGAAAUGACAAAUGCACAUUUCGCGGCUGCCCGCUUGGUUUUGUCAAACGAAAGUCAUCCCGGACAUGCCGAUUCAAGGGUUGUCCUUCUGGAUACAGACUUGGCUUCAUAAAAGGCAUUAGGAGCUGCAUAGUUAUACGUUGUAUGCAGUUCUAUCCGGCCAGCCACUCCAUCGGUGGUAUAAAACUCCGCGGCAUCACCACUGCGGCCCAUUGUAAGAUGUACUGCAUGGAGAGACCGAAGUGCAAGGCGGUGGACUGGAAUGCCGGGCGGGCGCAAUGCUGGCUGCAUGAUAGGCCCAGUAUGCUGAAGAGAACACGUUUUGGGAUUUCGCAGUUUAGGAAGAUACGGCCUUGUACCUUUGAGAGAAAGAAAGUCAAUAAGUGCCCUCCAUUCACAAAAUUGGUGAGAAAGGAUGCCGUUGUGCAUUGCAUUGGAAAUAGCAAACCUCCUGUUAAGUGUCAGCCAGGGUAUCGAAAAACAGGAGGAAAAUGUGUUUUUGUCAGGUGCCCAAAAGGCUGGACGCAGAAGAUAAAGGGCGGCACAAUUUAUUGUGCGCCUAAAGUUUGCAUGAAGAAACUCCUCCGUACUCAUACCCCUGGUGGCAGUCUCCUAAAACACAUCCGGACGGACAAGGCGUGUGAAGCGUAUUGCAAGUACCAUUCCAAAUGCGUCUCUGUGGAUUGGAACAGCAAGGAGGGAUCAUGCACUUGGCAUUACAAGGCAAAGAGCGUUCCAUGUUCUGUCUUCAUUUGGCAACACAAGAAAGUGGGCUGUAAUAAAGCUAAGGUGUUAGUCUGUCACGUUGGAUUCAAGCGUGUAGGAAAGAAAUGCAUUUUUGUUCGCUGUCCGAAGGGUUAUGCGAAAUUCUCAACAAGAAGUAUUCCACCGAAAUUCUUCUGCAAGAGAAGGAAAAGAGUUUGUCCAAAGGUGAAGUGCAAGAGCGGAUGCAUUAUCAAGAUAGGAGCGAACGGCUGCGCGGAGUGUGAUUGCAAGGAUGAGUGCACAUCAAAAGAGGACUGUCCUUGCCACAAGAAGUUGACAAAAACGGGUUGUCGGUGUUUCUGUUGCCGAUUGGGAACUAAACCAGUCUUGGUCACAAACAAAAUAAAAUGCGUCUUCACCGCCUGUCCAAACGGCUUCAGAGAAGAGAAAGAGAUUGGUAUACCAAUGUGUCGACCCUUGACCAACCAAUGUCCAGCCUUCUAUUCCAUGUUGACCGACCACAAGUGUGUCUUUUCAGGAUGCCCUGUUGGAUACAAGGCGGCUGAUAUGAAGAACAUGUACAAGUGUCAGUUUCAUAAAUGUCCGAAAUGGUAUCGAGAGAAAAACCACCAGUGCUUGUUUCAAGGUUGUGGAAAAGGUAUGGUGGAAGCAAGCAGGGGUAUGCUUCAAUAUUGUAGAAAGAAAGGUGUGGACAAGAAAAGUACUGGAAUCUCAAAAGAAAAGUUACUGAAGAAACUGACAAACUUGUCGAAGAAGUCUGAACCAAAGACGAAGGAGAAAGAAAUGAAGAAGGGCAAGAUUACUAGAGGUGAAGAGAAGAAGAAAAAGAAGAAGAUUUCAAAAUUACAGACGAAAGCUGAACAGGAACCAAAGCACAAGAAAAAAGGCUGUCCGAUAGGUUACACCAAGAAAAAUUUAGACUGCGUUUUUGUUGACUGUCCCAUAGGAUAUGAAACCAAGGCAGGAAAAUGCACUUUUGUCAAGUGUCCGAUGGGGUUCGUUAGACGAGGAAGCUAUUGCAAACGGACCGCUACAAUUUGUCCAAUCGGAUACAGGGCCAAGGGAGCGAACUGCCUGUUUUACGAGUGUCCAACUGGGUUCAAAAAGACAGGAAACUACUGUAGCCGGUCGUGCCACCUUCACUAUAAACAGGUCGGGAGAGUUUGCCUCCCACACAGCCAUUGCCCGCAUGGUUUCAAACGCACAAACCAAGGUUGUAGCCUCCCAUCGGAACCUGCUGUUGACAACCUGAAAGCUGACAUCGUCAUUGCAAUCGAGUCGUCAGGAGACUUGGAGCAGGAGGACGUGGUCCUAGCCAAGAGUUUCGGCGAGCUGCUCAUCAGCUCCCUGCCUGUCCCAUCAAGCCACACGCGUUUCGCGGUGAUCGUCUACGGGAAAGAGACAGAGAUCUUGGGACGGCUUGACAGCUUCAAGAACGCAGAAGAAGCAAUGCAUAAAAUUGAUUCCAUCAAGAAGAAGUCCGGGGAUGCUGAUGCUUUCCCAAUGUUGCGAAAAGCUGCAACGGUUCUCUUCGGCCCCGGAAACAGAAAGGACGCAGCGAAAACCCUGGUCAUCAUCGGCAGCGGGGAAACCACGCGCAAGACGAAGGUCGCCAAAGCUGCCGAGCUGCUGCGGAAAAUGGGCAUCAGGAUUUUCUCCUUCGCGUUGGAUGACCUCGCUGAUGCCAAGUUUCAAUGGAGUUUGACGUAUCCGGGGUUCAGGUUCCAAGUUUCACGGAAGGACGCGCUGGAUUUGGUCUCCAUUGUUGUGCCGACUAUUGCCAGGGAUGUCGUUUGCAAGACAGACGAAACCAGGGUUGGUGAAACGUGUUACGAACUCAGUAUGGUUAAUAUCUGCCCCGUUGGAUACAGAAAAAAGGACGACACAUGCGAAUUUACGACGAAGUGCCCUGGUGGUUAUGAGAUGGUCGGAAAGCAAUGUCUUCCAACAGUAAAGAAUAUCAAGGGCAUCUGCCCAGUGGGUUAUGCCCAUGAUGGUCACAAGUGCAAACGAAGCAAAGUUAAAGACGGUUGCCUUCCAGGUUUUGUCAACGAGGACGGCGCGUGUGUUUAUAAGAAAUGUCCGAAGUUUUACAAACGAUAUGGUGAUCUCUGUCUCGGUAAAAGCGUAACAAGAAAAACUAAGGAGUUGGGAGAGAAGCAAACGCUGAAAGAAACUGGCAAAAAGAAGUCGAAAGUUAUAAUAAACACGAAAUUCAAACUGAAAAAUACCAAAACGAAAGCAGUGAAAAUUGGGAAGAAGCUGAAAGGAAAAAUGAAGCUGAAGGGUAAUGGAGAGCAACAGAAGGCAAGGAAAGUAAUGGUACCAAUGGGGAAAGUAAUGGGAAAGGUAAAGGAAAAGGAAAGAUUUAAAGGAAAAGGAAAGUCAAGUGCAAAAAGUAAGGCAAAACGGAGAGGGAAAUCAAAUUUGAAAGGGGAUGGACAUUCAAGUUUAAAAACUAAACCCAAAGGAAGGAGGAAACCAAAAUUAAAGGAAAUCAAAUCAAAAGAAAAAGAAAAUGGCAAGAAAAACGAGGGAGAACACAUGAAAGUAAAACCGAUCAAACUGAAGCCCGAGCAGGUUGGGAAGACUCAACCUGUGAAUGUUAAAGAGAAAGUCCCACACAUAUCCAAGGUUAAAAAGCUCGCCACGGCGCAUAGGAAGCUCGGAGUGUCGUCCAAGGAGAAAAAUCGCCCAAAAACUAAACUUCUUGAUGCAAAACAGAAGAUUACGAAAAAGAUGGACCUCGCUAGUGUACGGAAGGCCGGAUGAUGGUAUGAGACGUCAUCUUGAAUAAAUUACGUCACUCCGUAUAUUUUCUAUUUCACUGCAACGGCAGACGGGUUGUGCAAUAGGGCCAUUUUUUCAUCUUCAGUGUCGGCUUAUAUCUUAACCGAAGACCCAUUUAAAGAAAUGGGUUUUUGCUUUAACCUUAUAGUAACUACCCAAUACUUUUUUAUCCCCGAUAAUUUUAAAGACCUCGUGAAAUUUAAGGCAUAAAAAAUCAUCAGCAAAUUCUGCUUUGGACAGGGAGGGACGUAAAAGGAAGAAUGACAUUCAAGAUGUCGUUUAUCAAGAUGUCGUUUGUCAAAUAAAGUGCUUCGUGCAAUGUGUAUGUUAGAGCCUUCGUUGGUUUCUGAGCAAAGAAUACAUAUCCGGAUUGUAUCAGUGAUUUUUUUAUUUUUCCUUCGUAUCGGUCAAAUAAAUUAGU